AUGGCUGGCCUAAAGAAAGAAGGUUACAGUUUCCAUCUGCUUUUUUGUUCCCAGAUUGUUUCAACCCUCGCCCUGCUCUCUGCGGUCUCAGCGGGUCAUCUGGGUCACUUCCAACCCGCGGCCGGGUACACCGCAUUCGGUACUAAUGCCUACAGCAGUGCUGCCGUUGCUGCUUCGGCUUCGGCCUACCAGCAGAGUAGGACUUUUGGUGCCCACAUACCUAUUUUGAGUUACGAGAAUGUGAACAACGGUGAUGGAAACUAUAGAUACAGCUACGAGACUGGCAACGGUAUCGCAGCUCAUGAGAGUGGAGCCCCCCGCGCCCCUGGUCCCGAAGGUCUUGCAGUGACAGCUGAAGGAGGGUUCUCAUACCGCGCCCCCGACGGCCAGCAGGUGUCGCUCACGUACACCGCGGACGAGAACGGCUUCCACCCCACCGGCUCCCACAUCCCCACCCCUCCUCCCAUUCCAGAAGCCAUCCUCCGCUCUCUCCAGCUGAACAGGCAAUAUCCUUCAUCGAACGAUGGUUCAUACAACGGUCACUUCAACAACGGAUACCACUACUAA